UGGCGGUGGGGGGGAGGCGGCGGGAGAGAGGCGGGGCGUUUAAAGAACGAAAAACAAAAAAAAACUCGCGAAACCCGAAUAAAAACGCAAAUAACGCAUAAAACGAAAAUAAAUAAAAAAAAAUAAUAAUAAAAAUAAAUACUUGGAAAAUAAAACACAAAACAUGUUAGACAGAAUUCGAAAUUAAAAGACAACGCGCACUCUUUAGAUGAAAGGUAGCACAAACAUAAAAAAUAAAUAAAUUAAUAAAUAAAUAUCAAAACAACUUUAAAAAAUUUUUUUUUGAGACGUUGCAGAAGAUAUCUGUAAAUUUUUGACUUUAGUUUUUUUUUAGAAAUUAUUUAUCUGUUCUUUUUUUUUAGACGUUCCAGAAGGUAUCUGCAAAUUUUCGACUUUAUUUUUUUUUUAACUAUUUAUCUGACCCAAAAAAUAAACAUACACAUUUUGGUUUCUAAAGAAAUUUUUGGAAAAGUUGUUUUAAUUUUGUAAUUGGCCAGUUUCAUAAGAAAACCGACUACGCCACUGGAACCUACGUAAAAAACGCAACGUAUAUAAAUAUUAUUGAGCAUUUAAAUUAAUUUAUAAAAUAUAAACACACUUUAGCGACUUUUUUCGGGAAAUGUUUCGCUUUAUCCCUUACAUAGGCAUGCGCAGAUUAUAAGAAAUACCGUUUUUUUCCUAACUAACCCAAGCCCAAUUUAGGUUUUCGGUUAUUAAGGUUUAGGCAGGCAUAACACUUUUUUCCCAGAACGAAGCGAGUGCGGAAACAAAAAAUGUCAGUUCCAAAUAACGUCACAACCCGUUAAGACACAAAAAAUUGCCGUAUUAUACAGGGGGAGCAAUUAUUUCAGCGAUGAAUGACAAGUACGAAAUCAUGUAAAAAUGUUGUUCCUUUCACGUAUGCGAUAAUUGCCUCUAAUUCUUUUUUCGCCUGACAAGCGUGAGCAAAAAUACUUUUAUGUCAUCUUAUCGAGAAUAAAACUUUUGUAUUCAGCAUUUUCUGCUACAAUUAAGGAGAAUUAAAAAAUAAUUUUUUUUGGUCCUGUCUAACCAACUAAACUACAAAAACUAAAAAUCGCUUUGUAUUAUCACAAUGUGUUAUAAUUGUUUUGACGAAUCGUGGAACAUCGACUAACAAUAGCAAUUAAUAUUUUUUUGUGUGUUUCAUUUAUAUUUAUGGAAAUUGGUAAAAAAACAAAGGAUUUCUGAAGCGCCCGGCUUCAUUAUAAAAAAAAUUGUUUUGACAUACAGUGAAGUCGCGAUACCAGUUAAGGCGUUAUUGUUGUUGGAUAAUUUACCUAAAGCCGACUUAAAAAGUCCUGAUGGUCUUAUUACUGUAAUGUUUAUGUCACCAAUGGACCAGACUGUUAUCAGAAUGACCAAGUUAUUUUAUCGUAAAAACCUACUAACUGGCAACUUGCAUGAUGAAGAGGAUAAUGUCCGCUGAGUGCGUAAAUAUGGUUGACAAAGAAUUUUUUUCUUGGACACCACUCUCAACUUUUUUAAAUCUGUUCUUUCAUCAAGUACCAUUUAUGUUUUAAGUUUUCGCGAUGAAGACAACUAAAAUAGGUCGAGAUACAGAGGAAGAUGAAGAAGUUGAACUGGGACCACCACCAACCAUUCGACAAGCCCUAUAUUCAGUUAAGUGCGAGAUGCGUAUUGGCAUACUAAAAAAAUGCAAAAGAAAAUGACCGAUUAUUGGAAACAUUAACUAAUAUACAGGGUGCGGCAGCAUAACUUCCUUUUUUUAAAUGCGCGCCAUUCAGUUAGUUGAUGUCAUAGUGGGGCGCUAGCGGUCUCGUUCAAGAGGGGGUACUGUAAAGUUUUGUCCCGACACGGUUCAGUCGCCAUCAUGCGUUGGAAUAGUGAGGAGCGUGCCUUUGCCGUUGAGGCCUACUUUUCAAGCGGCUGUUCGGUUGUUGCAACACAGCGUGCAUUUCGGAAUCGGUUUAAUUUAGCCCCGUUGGCUCCCGUCCCAGACCGCAAAUCAAUUGUUACAUGGGUCACUACAUUCAGACAAACUGCAAGUGCGACAAAACGAAGAACUGGAGUCCCUCGGCCCGUUAGAUCACGUGAGAACAUUGAAGCAGUGAGAGGUUCAAUGUUGCGAUCACCACGGCGUUCUGCGCGCAAACACGCAUCUGCCCUUGGACUAUCCGAUCGUUCUGUGAGAAGAAUUCUUCGUGAUGAUCUUCAUUUUCAUGCCUAUAAGAUGGCGAUAGUGCAGGAACUUACAGAACGUGACUUCAAUUCUCGGAUGAACGCGUCGAUGAAGCCCAUUUUCAUUUAUGUGGGUCGGUUAACAAACAAAACAUGCGCUACUGGGCUGACACCAACCCUCGACAAUUGCAUCAAAGGCCUUUGCAUUCACCCAAAGUCCAAAGUGUGGUGUGCAAUUUCCUCAGCUGGAAUUAUUGGUCCCUGGUUUUUUGAGGAAAAUGAGGUUACAGUGACAGUGAAUUCGGACCGGUAUGUAAACAUGCUACAGAAUUUUUUUUUCCCACGGCUAGAAGAGUUGGAUUUGGGGGACACUUGGUUCCAACAAGACGGUGCAACAGCACACACUUCAAGAGCAUCGAUGGCUGUUUUGAGGGAACACUUUCCAGAGCGCCUUAUCUCAAUUAGAGGCGAUUUGGAAUGGCCGGCACGCUCUCCCGAUCUGUCCCCUUGUGAUUUUUUUCUAUGGGGUUUUUUGAAAUCCCUGGUUUAUGUGAAUCGUCCAAGAACCCUACAAGAUUUGAAGACCAACAUCGAAGAAGAAAUUGCCAACAUAACACCAGCUAUGCUAACAAGAGUCAUGACAAACGCCAGAUAUCGGUUUACGCAAUGUAUGGAGAAUGAGGGACGUCACCUAACAGAUUUGAUCUUCAAAACAAUGUAAAUAAAAACUUUAGACAUGUACCUACAUUAUAAAAAAUAAAUAAAGAUUUUCCGAUGCACACAAUAGUUUUUAUUGAGUUUUGAAAAAAGGAAGUUAUGCUGCCGCACCCUGUAUAUAGUUUUAAAAUUGCUUUGCCAAAAUAAGUUCAGUAGAUCGCGACUUCGCUGUAUUUUGUUGUUCAAAAACGUUUUUUAUUUAACAUUCUCAGCUGCAAUUAACAUUUCAUUUAUUUUUUUUAUCUUGCGGUGCGUUUUCUCGAACCCACAAUGGCGAUUAAAUAACGGGUUUUGGGACGAGCUGGCAAAACCGCAAUUUUUUGCCCGUUUUAAACGUUAAAAGCGUUAAAAAACCUCACGACGAUCGCGCGAAAAUAACCGCCUCGCGUUUAUUGUAAAAAUAUAAUCCCAGUUACUUGGGUAAGCAGAAAAGGAUUAACCAAAACAAAUAUUAUAACGUAAUUAGUUCUGACGUUUUAAUGUAUCUCCGUUUCGCUCCGGUUUACCUUGCGUGAUGGCGGGUUCACGUGAUUUUGAGAGGCUGACAUGCACCGAAAAAGCACGAACGCCUCGUAUAUAUAUAUAUAUAUAUAUAUAUAUAUAUAUAUAUAUAUAUAUAUAUAUAUAUAUAUAUAUA